UGUGAUAAUUUUCAGAAUAAUUAGAUAGCCCACUGAGUCGACUCCACUCUAUCCCAUUCCGAUCCCUUGAUUUAAUCUUCAACCAUAUAAAGCUACAGAUGUCACAUGAAUGAUGGUGGAGUUAGGCUGUUAAGUAUAUGCCAAGCAUACGAAACUUCCCCACCCAGAUUCAGUUAACAAUCUUCCAAGGUCUCUCUCUCUCUCCCAACUAAUUCUCUCUCUAUAAUUUUCUUGAUAUCUCUCGCUAUAGAGGGCUACCCACUGCCCAGUUAUUGUUGAAUCAGUGCUCCAGAGUCAUGGGACAAGUUUUAGAGAAACUCCAGGGUAAGGAGUGGAGGCAGAAACAAGUGAGAAAGAUAACUGACCGUGCUUUUGACCGUUUCAAAAAUGAUUCCGGAAGAGCUACUUUGACAUUUGAAGAGCUGUACAUUGCUGUGCUUCUUGUGUUCAAUGAUAUUAACAAGCACUUGCCUGGGCCUCAUUUUGACCCCCCUCCAAAAGAGCAAGUUAGAGCCAUGAUGCAGGUUCAUGAUAUCAACCUUGAUGGAGAACUCAACCGCGAAGAGUUUGCAAAAUUUAUUAAGGAGUUAACAGCCGAUACGUUCAGCACUGUCAGUCAGGGACUGAUCAUUACGUUGGCAGUGGCUCCAACAGUUGCAUUAUUGACAAAGAGGGCAACGGAAGGUGUCCCAGUUGUAGGGAAGGUGGUGCAGAAGUUACCAAAUGCGGUCUAUGCAUCCCUUGUGACUCUUGCAAUAAUGAUGUUCCAAAGAUCUGGGCAAGCAAUUGAGUGAAGCCUUCUGUAAUUCUCCUUCACAUGAACCAUUGCUCCAUUUUACUUUGUAUAAGCAUCCAGUGACUAUCUGCAUGCUAUGUUUGAUACCUUAUUAACUACUUGAACUGAGAGUUUGCUACAAAUUCUGAAUAAUGUGGAAGUUGUAAAUAGAUGAAUUUAGCUUUAGAUGCAAGGCUCUUGGGAUUGCGUAAAAGGAAUAUUAUUCGAGCUGUUGGUUUCCAUCAACUAAUCUUAAUCUUAUUCUCGGAUUUCUUUGAA